AUGAGUGGAAGCGUCACGUUCUGCACCAACCCGUCCCCCCCUUCUCAGCAGGCUUCCCCUGCCACGGACACCCCUUCGCUGCUGCCUCGUGGUGCCAUCUUCAACCGCAAAGAUCUCUACACCCAGCAUGUGCGCCGCAUGCAUGUCCCCCCUCCCAUCGCCAAGGCUCUGCGCCUGAGAAAACCGACCCCUGAGUGGGACGAUCGUCUGCGCGAGAUGCAGACUGAAGCAGAGCGACGACGAUGCGAACUUCCGACACACAUGCAGUGCCCUGCAGCCGGCUGCGACAUGGUAUUCUCGGGGGCGAAUGCCUGGGAUGAGCGCAUGGAGCACGUCGCCAAGCACCUUGAGAAGGCCUCUGAGGGCCGUGAGCCGAUGCUCUCAUUCGGGGGUGAUGAAGAUCCUACCCUCACCAAUUGGGCGGCGAGUCCCGAGGUCGGCGUCGUGCGCAAGACGGACGCUGGUGACUGGGAGCUGAUGCACCCCCUCCGAGGGCAGUCCGCCUCUGCCAGCGGUGUUGCGAAGAGAGGCGCGAAGGGUCACUCAUCAUCUAGUCCACAAGCAGCCAGGUAUGAGGAGGAGUUGGCGGAUGAUGUUGAUGCCGACGGCGAAGAAGACUGA